AAUACGUCAGCGCCUUAAACCCCACCGCCCUACAGUUUUGGUGCUUAGAGAAGCUUAAACCUAAAAACCCAGCGAGAAUCAUCAGUUUUUCGCCAUUUUUUACAAGUAGACGGGCAACUUGAAUGUAUUAUCAUAUUCACUCUACCAAUUCUUUUGAGAAAUGCUACAAACAGUAAUCUAAAAUAGCGAGGGUUUAUGAAAAGGUUGGAGGAAGCAAGGGUUUAAGAAGUCAGCAUGAAAGCUCUCCGUUUCAGGUCUUCACACAUCAGGAGCUUCUGGAAACUUCAAACAUCUACUGUGAUUGGACUAGGCCAACAAGCAAGCAAGGGAGGAUGCACUGCAACAUUUGUAACGAGCAUUGAGAGUAUAGAUGAGGAUGCAGAGAUUACUGAUGAUAUGUCUUUGGCUGGAUCACCAUUCAAAAAUAAGCAUUCAACACAGACACAGACAGCACCCAGUUUGAAUAACUUGAAGAACACAUUAAACACUCAGAAGCAGCAUGGACAGGCAGACGAUCGGUUCAUCAAAGGAAAUUCUACAAAGAUUCAAAUGGAAACUAAAAAUAUUAGUCACAUAUCAUCUGAAAGCCAAGCCCCAAACAGAGGGGCUGACUGGGAUACUUAUGGGAAAGUUUUUCGUGGGGCUUCUGGCAGAGAUGGUCAGAUUUCUAACAAUCCACAACCUAUUUCUCCAAAUCAUGUUAAUAUGCUUGUUACAAAUUACAGGAGCAAAGAGUGGGAUGCUUUUGCUGAACUGGAUGGUCCUGGUGUAGAUUUAGAACAUGAAAAGAUAUCAACUUGCAUUAACAGGAUUUUGAGCUCAAAUAAAGAGCAACAGAUUUCUGCAGUUUCUGAUGCAAAAAUGACUGAAGUCCAAGUGGCACGGGACGAUGAUUUCUCUAAGAAGAGUAUUCCAGCAAGGGAGAAAAUUGCCAACAAAAGAGAUUAUCUUCUAGCCAGAGCAAAGAAGUUUAGUAAUUCAAAGAGCGCAGCACUGAAGUUUGUUUUAGAGGAUAAUGUGAGAGAAGAGAAGGAAAAGAAAGAAGUCAAGGAAAAGAAGGAUGUGGCCAUGAAGCAGAAAGAACAGAAGGAAAAGAAGGGAGAAGUGGCCAUGAAGCAGAAACCUUUUAAUCAAGAUACAGAGUCAAAUUCAAUCCAUGGAGAAAAGUCUGUUUGUGUUGAGUAUGUUCCACAUGGCAUCAGCGUUCUUGAAAUUAGAAAAGCGUUCUCUGUAUAUGGAGAUAUUGUUGGCUGUUUCAUAAGAGCUGGCGAUGAUGGAAUGUCUGGCUGUCAUAUUGAAUUCAAGACUACUGAAGAUAAAGAGAGAGCUCUAUCUGAUCGUUGGGUUAUAGUCAAUGGGAAACAAUUGUCAGUAUGCCGGGUUGAUAUUCCAGUUACAACUAUUGUUCGGAUUACCAAUUUGGAUCCAGAGACAGCUUUAAAUGAUGUACAUAAAAUAUGUAUGUCAUAUGGUAAUAUGGAGAGCUUGCAGAUGAGGGAAGAUUAUGCUGUUGAUGCAUACUUUUGUAUUUCAGAGAGUCGUAACAUGCCAAAAAUUUUGGAGAAGUUAAAUGAAGUAACGCUGAAUAAAAGACGCUGGAUAGCUCAACCAGCCCCAAGGUUAGCAAAAUGCAUGUCUGAGACACCAGAGGGUCAGAAGUGGGCAGGUAAGCAAUUGAGCAACCAGAUACACAACAUCAAAAAUCAUUUACGGCUUAAGAGAAUAUAUUUGGAGGAUCUCGAGGAGCUGCAUGGUGCCAUAAUGCAUAUUAAGGAAUGUCCAAAUCCUUCCGACAAUGGAUCAACUUGAUUUAGAAGCAGUUUUCCAUCAAUGUCGGAUGCCUUCUAAUAUAUUCUUGCGUAAGAGUCCAAUUAAUGUGGCUUAAGUGGUUCCAGUUUUCACAAUUCUGAUUAUUUCUCUCUUAGGAAUUCCUAAUGGAUACUGUACAACUGGCAACAGAAGUGUCAUCCAUAAUGGGAGUAUUUUGAGCAAUAUAUUGAGAAACAUUAAUGUAUCUAUGGAGCAUGAUGGCAAUCCUUGCUCAGUAAUAUAUUGGAAUUGAAACUUA